UCCAUCGUCUUCGUAGUGGUAUCGUUUCCUUAGCUACUUCCUUCAACCAUCGCCAACUCGCUUCCGCUGUUACGCUGUAACUGAUCCCAGCUUACGCCUCAUCCUUCCAUUACAUCCAUGUCCAUAUGUUCCAAUGUCCCAUCCGACCCAUCCUUGUCCAGAUUCCGGUCAUGCUCGGGUCCUUACAAAAUUCCCCCUUCGAUUGGGUGUAUCAUGCCACUUCACAAAACGAACGCGCUUGCAGAGCAUCCAGCGCUAAGGGGUGCUUCUGGCCUCGGGGAAAGAUGCUCGGUGGUUCCGGGGCAUCGAACGCAAUGGUGUACAUGCGCGGCAAUGCACGCGACUACGAUUCCUGGGAAGCGCGUGGUAACAGCGGCUGGGGUUGGUCUAGCGUUCUGCCGUACUUUAUCAAAUCCGAGGACAACCAAAAUGAACGGAUCGCGAGUGACAGUCGGUUCCAUGGGACCGGCGGAUACCUAACCGUAACGACCGCACCAGGCCGGAGAGAUGAGAUGCAGUGGCUGAUGACGGGAGCAGCACAGGAAGCUGGCUAUCAGUGGCUCGAGGAUUUUAAUGCCGACACACAUAUCGGUUUCGGUCCGAUGCAGCACACCAUCCGGAACGGGACCCGUUGCAGUCCGGCCAAGGCAUUUCUCGUACCGGCCAAAGAUCGUCCUAAUCUCCACGUCAUCAAGCAUGCGCACGCCACGCGGAUCGUGUUCGAUGACAAUCGAAAGAGCGUGGUUUCGAUCGAGAUGCUGGUCAACGGUAGCGACCGUCUAAGUGUUCCAGUACGCCGGGAAGCUAUUCUAUCAGCCGGUGCCAUUAACACACCCCAGCUACUGCUGCUGUCCGGGGUGGGUCCGAAGGAUGAUCUGCAGAGGCUUAACAUACCGCUCGUGGCCGAUCUGCCGGUAGGACGUCGGAUGCAGGACCACCUUACCGUGCCCAUCUUUUACCGAAAUCGUCCGGAGCAAACGGUCAAACCGAGCGACGGGCAACAGGAGAUCCUGUCGGAUGCAUACGAGUAUCUGAUGCGACGGAGCGGUCCAUUGGUUUCAGGCGGAAUCGAUAGUUUCGUUGGGUUCGUCAACACGGCCAAUGCUAGCGAUCCGUACCCGAACGUGCAGUAUCAUUACGCUUUCUCGCGCCAACGGACCGGUCUGGCCAGUAAUAUGGUGCGGACGAUGGAGCUACGUGAAUCUAUCACCGAUGAGCUCGAGCAAGCCAACGCCAAGGCCGAUCUGCUCGUCAUCUUUCCGAUCUUACUGAAACCGAAAUCCGAAGGCAGCGUACGGUUGCGAACGGUACAGCCCCUUGACAAACCAUCCAUCGAAGCCGGCUAUCUUGAGCAUCCGGAUGAUGUGACGCAGCUCAUCGAGGGUAUCCGGAUCCAGGAGCGCAUCAUGGGAACGUACACACUUAGCUCGCUCGUGCCGGAACUUGUGAGGCUCAAUUUGCCGGACUGUGCAGCGUUCGAUACCGAUCGGUACUGGGAGUGUUAUGUGCGUGAGCUGGGUGUCACGCUCUACCAUCCAGUUGGUACGGCAAGGAUGGGACCAAAAGAUGAUCCAGACGCGGUAGUUGAUCCUCGGCUACGAGUCCAUGGUAUUCGGAGGCUACGUGUAAUCGAUGCUAGCAUUAUGCCGGAGAUCGUCAGCGGUAACACGAACGCACCGGUUAUAAUGAUCGCCGAAAAGGCAUCCGACAUGUUGAAGGAGGAUCAUUCGCUGUAGCAUCUACGACGAA